GGCGGCUCCGGUCACAUGCGCUCGGGGCGGGCUCCGGGGUAUAAAGGGCGGCGGGGAGGAGCGGGGCGAGCCCGGAGCCGAACCGAGCGGAGCAGAACCGACCCCGGCCGCCAGCGCCCCACCAUGGCCACCAGCGAGCCCACGCCGGCGCAGCCCAAGGCAGAGGAGCAACAGAACAUCGGGACCCGCGUGGCCAACCUGCCCCUGGUGAGCUCUGCCUACGACAUGGUGUCCUCCGCCUACACCUGCACCAAGGAGAGCCACCCCUACGUGCGCUCCGUCUGCGAUGUUGCCGAGAAGGGCGUGAAGACGCUGACGGCGGCAGCAGUGAGCGGGGCCCAGCCCCUCCUCACCCGGCUGGAGCCCCAGAUUUCCACCGCCAAUGAAUUGGCCUGCAAAGGGCUGGACAAGCUGGAGGAGAAGCUGCCCAUCCUGCAGCAGCCCCCACAGAAGAUCAUCUCGGACACCAAACUGCUGGUGACCUCCACGGUGACAGGGGCCAGGGAUGUGCUGACCAGCACCGUGGCCGGGGCCAAGGAUGCCGUGUCCAGCACCGUGGCCGGGGCCAAAGAUGCCAUGUCCAGCACUGUGGCCGGGGCCAAAGAUGCCGUGUCCAGCACCGUGGCCGGGGCCAAAGAUGCCGUGUCCAGCUCCGUGGCCGGGGCCAAGGACGCGGUGACCAGCCGAGUGACCGGUGUGAUGGACAUGACCAAAGGGGCAGUGCAGGGUGGUGUGGAGCUGACCAGGUCUGCGGUCAGCAGCGGCGUUAGCACCGUGGGCCAGAUGGUGGCCAGCGGGGUGGGCUCCGUGCUGGGCAAGUCCGAGGAGCUGGUGGACCAUUACCUGCCCAUGACGGAUGAGGAACUGGCCAAGCUGGCCACGUCCGUGGAGGGCUUUGAGCCGGAGCAGCAGAGGCAGCAGCAGAGCUACUUCGUGCGCCUGGGCUCCCUCUCCACCAAGGUGCGGCACCGAGCGCUCCAGCACUCCCUGGCCAAACUGCAGAGCGCCCGCCAGAGCAGCCAGGACCUGCUGGCCCAGCUCCAGCGCACCCUCGACCUGGUGGAGCACCUGAAGCAGGGCAUGGACCAGAGGCUGCAGGGAGGGCAGGAGAAGCUGCAGCAGCUGUGGCUGGAGUGGAGCAAGAAGCAGCCGGGUGGUGGCAAGGACCAGGUGCCACCGGAGGCGGUGGAGUCGGGCACGCUGACCAUGCUGCAGGGCUUGAGCCAGCAGCUGCAGAGCUCCUGCCAGCCCUUGGUGUCCAGCCUGCAGGGCCUCCCCGCCACCGUGCAGGACACGGCGGGGCAGGUCCGGCACAACGUGGAGGAGCUGCGGGCAGCGCUGGCCUCUGUCACCUCCCUGCAGGACGUGACGGGGCCCGUGCUGGCCCGGGCUCGCACCCACGCCGCCAGAGCCCGGCAGCUGAUGGACGAGCUGGUGGAACACGUGGCCUUCAACACCCCCCUGACGUGGCUGGUGGGACCCUUCGCCCCCUCGGGCAAGCGCCCGGUGGAGCUGGAGAUGGAGUAGCAAUUCUGGGCUGCUUCCACCUCCUCCCGCAAAAAAGCCUCGUUAGGAGCCUUUGCUAAACCCCCCCAGCCCCCCUCGCCUCUAACCUUGUGCCUGCCUCUGUGGGGACCCUCCUGCCUGCCCCAGCUCUGUCCCUUGUCCCCUUGCUGGGGACCUGCAGUUACGUGCCUUGGCUGCCCCAAGUGCCUGUUGGGGGUCCCCCAUGUCCUCGGUGCCUUCAAACCCCCACCCUUGUAGGGCCAAAACAGCACAAGAAACAAUAAACUGCGGUUAGUUUUGCA